CCCACCUGAUGAGAUAACUCCCCAGUUCCUCCCACCUCCCUCAACUCUCCUCUUUCCUCGAUUAUGGGUGUUAUAAAAACAAUCGAUUCUUUGAAACCGUAUACACAAAGAAGAUUAUACUUUAGGACGUACGGGGAAGCUAUACCAGUGAAGGAACUUGCUGAGCGUGUCUCUAGUUACGUCCACCUUUGCACACUUUACUGGUGGAUGAGACCUUUCAGGUGUGGAGUUAUCCUUGGAGGUUAUGAUAGAGACGGUCCACAGUUAUACAUGGUCGAACCAUCUAGUAUUUCCCACAGGUAUUAAGGAGCUGCAAUCUGAAAGGGUAGGCAGGCUGCUAAGACGGAGAUUGAAAAGUUGAACCUUUCUGAGAUGUCAUGUAGGGAGGGGAUUGUUGAAGUUGCUAAGAUGUGAGUAUUAUUGUGGAUUCGAUUAGUUUGCAUGAGCUAAAGUCCAUUAUUACCAUAUGACCUCCUCACCCACUCCGUUCCUGCAGUAUCUACAACGUGCAUGAUGA